GUUAGUCGUCGGGCCGGAAGACGACGAGGCCCCGAAGGUCAUCGUGAAUGGCUCGCAUGUCUCGGAUCACGCGCUCGGCCAGCGUCGAUGCGUCGAGCUCGCCCGGCUCUUGCUGAGGCCUUGCCUUGCUGUUGUUGUUGUUGUUGGAAAGAGGCAAGGGCGUGCUUGAAAUGGCCUGGAGGAUGUGGGUGCUCGAAGAGAGUGGGACGAGCCCCUCUGCUUCUGUGCUCGACUGUUGAGGAAAGUGAGCACAACAGAUUGCUGGGCACGAUAUUGCGGCUAUCUGCUCACCGCAUACAGUUGAAAGAGGAGCACCUCGAGGUGGACAGACCCUUCCGCCUCCGAGCCCUGCCUCAGCACGAAACGAUGGCCGACUCGAACGGUCCUGUGGUCGGGUCUGGAGUCUCAUCGAGGCCGGGUCAGCUGUGGGAAAUUCGCCGUCAUUGUGAGACCGCGACAACAACUCACACCCAACCGAGCGCGCCCACGACUUGCAGCACCUGUCUCGAGUCUCUGUCCAGUGGAGUCUCUCCCUCAUCGACAAGCAAUGGCACCUCGAGAAGCGUCUGGAGGCUAAAGAGGUCCUGCUCCCGCUUGGGCCUCGCUGGCGUGGCGAGCCUCAUCGUCGUCCUGCCUUCUCCCUCGGCCGACCUGCGCACGAUGAGCCGGUUGGCCUGGCGCGCCCUGCGCACCGGUGCAAAGCUAUUGUCCCCUGCUUCAACGGAGGUGGUGUGGGGAUGCACAUCGUCGGCCCGCCGGCAGUACAGGUCUCGCUCGCGCAGCCGCUCGGCACCGCGCACAGACGACGAAAAGAGGUGCGACGUCAGCGUCGACACGUCCGUCGUCGCGGGCACCACGGCGAUGGACGAGCACACCAUACGCCGCCGCUGCUGCUGCUGUUGCGAGCGCGACAUGGAAGUGGCAGACGACGACGAGGCUCCAGAUGGCAACGUGCCUGCUCCGAGGCUCGCGCCAGAAGAGCCCGUGGUCGCCGCUGCUGUCGUUGCUGCCAUCGUCGAAGCUGUCGAAGCCAAGUUACUUGCAAGAAGCGGAAAGAAAAAGCUGCGUCGUGGGGGUCCGUUCGCGCUCGGACCUCCAGACACGUCGGCCGAAAAAAGUUGAAGAUGUCAGAAACGUCGAGCUUCCAACUCCCCUCCCAGCACUGAACCAGGCAUUUGUAGCAAGUCAAGUGUAGGCAUGGGAAGCAUGUCAGGAAUAGGAAAUACAUCCAUAGUGUGCGCAGCAUUGAGGCGAG